AUGGGGAAGCGUAAGAGUCAGCGUAAAAAUAUAGCUAUGUUGGAUAGUGAUGAUGAUAAUAGCAGCGUCAGUUCAUCAUCAACUGCCCGGUCUGAUCUUUUGUCGGUGUCUGGGACCGAUGAGGUUCAAGUUGAUAGAGAUAGUUUGCUAGAACAAGCUCUAGAUGCUUUGUAUGAGAAGAGGGGUUCGACAAGAGAGAAAGCUUUGGCAGCAAUUAUUGAGGCUUUCAAUACCAACUUGCAGCAUCAAUUUGUUGAGAAAAAAUUUGCUACUUUACUACAUCAGUGUCUUAACUCCAUUAAAAAGGGUUCUAGCAAAGAGAUUGCCCUAGCAUGUCAUGCCAUUGGAUUAUUGGCUCUGACUGUUGGUUAUGGGGAUAAUGCACAUGAAAUAUUGGAAGAAUCAGUUACUUCUAUCUCCCAAGCUCUUAAAUCUCGGUCUGACUCCUUGAAGAUGGUGUCGUUGCUGGAGUGUUUGGCUGUUGUGACGUUUGUUGGUGCAACUGAAACUGAUGAAACAGAACGAUCAAUGCAAAUCAUGUGGCAAUUGCUUCAUCCUAAACUAGGUUCUAAUGUAGUUGCUGUCAAACUUCCUGCAGUUGUAAUAACAGCAGUGGUGUCUGCUUGGGCAUUUCUCUUGACGAACAUGGAUGGAUGUUGCCUUAACUCCAAAGAUUGGCAAGAGUCCAUUUCUUAUUUCUCUACUCUGCUAGAUAAGGAUGACAGAUCUGUACGUAUCUCUGCUGGUGAAGCACUAGCUUUAAUUUUUGAGAUAGGAAGUAUAGAAAAGUUUGCUGCUGAAAAUAAAAAAACUCCUGAUGGUUCAGUUCCAGAAGGAAAUAAAUCUCACGAAGGAUAUACACAUAUACAUAUACUAGGACUGAAAUCAAAAAUCCUAAAUCAAGUGAGAACCCUUUCUGCUGAAGCUGGUGGAAAAGGUUCUGCUAAGAAGGAUCUUAACAGCCAGAGGAACUUGUUCAAGGAUGUUUUGGAGUUUCUGGAGGAUGGCUAUGCUCCUGAUAUCUCAAUGAAGAUUGGUGGAGACUUGCUACAAACGUCAACAUGGUCGGAGCUUAUACAGCUGAACUUCUUGAAGCAUUUUCUUGGUGGUGGGUUUGUUAAGCACAUGCAGGAUAACGAAUUCCUUCAUGAUGUCUUUGGGUUCACGCCAAAGAGAAAGCAUCUCCUAGGUGUUGAACAUCAAAUGUCAAGCGGUGAAAAGAGGAUGUUCCGGUCUCCAAACUCAGUCUUUAACAAAGCCAGGACCCAGUUUCUGAACAAGCAGCGUAUGCUAUCUAAGGAUAGAAACGUUGGGCAUUUUGCUGUUGGCAUGGGCGAUGAAGAAAUGUGA